CAAGCCUCGCUUUACUCACCGGCUGCCCGCUUGGUCCAGAAGUUUGUCCGGGCAUGGCUCUCCCGCCGGCGGUUUAUUCGGGUCAUCCAGCUCGCCCUCGCCGUCAACUACCAGCAAAAGCUGCUAGCCGACUACCAGCACAAGCUGCUCGAGUACGAGUCGGCGUGCAUUAUCCAGCGCUUCUUCCGCCGGUCCAAGGCUCGUGCGCUGUGGAAAAAAGUCAUCGCCGACGCUGGGGCCGCCGCCGCUGCCGAGCGUGCCGCCGAGUCGCGCCGCCGCAAGGUCACUUUUCACUCCGGCUCUGCCCUCACCGACGACGAGCUCAAGGCCAUUGAGGCCGAGGCCGCCGCCGAGCGCAGCCAUCCAAACCUGGGCCUCUCCAAAGCCUUUGAUGGCCUCGCUGAUGUCCAUCUUGACUCGCCGCGCCUCGCCCUUGCAGACUCGAUUCGCAACGCUGACAACUCACUCGACCUUGAUGUUUAUUUUGCCCAGCUGACCUCGCAGCUCGAGCGCGGCAUGUACCUGUUCCAAGAGGAGCACAUUCCCGGCGUCAAUGUUGCUGUCGACGACGCCGCCGAGCCCGGCUUCUUCUCUAUGGGCACCAUCUACGGUGGCCUCACCGUCGAAAAGCUCGUGGAUGCCAUCACUGACGGCCUGCUCUCCUGCUCGACGCUCACCGACGCUGCGCUCCUCACAUACCGCUGUUAUGUCUCGCCUCCUCGCUUUGCCAACCUUGUUAUCGCCCGGUUCUGGGAGGCCUCUGCCGUGCCUGAUGCUGUUGUGCCACAGGCCGAGGGCGCCGACGCGCCGACGGCGCUCGCCGAGCUACGCGCCGCUGCAGACGCGCUCUCAUCCGUCGCAGCGCCGCUCGAAGGCGAUGCUGUUCGCUUUGCUGUCGAGGCCGUUCUCGAUGCCCACUCGCUGGAGCGAACCAAGCUCGAGGAUUCGAUGCUCGAGCGGGCUGCUCGCUACACCGAACGCGAGCUCGAGGCCGAACUCAUGGAGGUGCUGGUUGGAGUGUGGGGCGACGAGCCGGCUGCCUUUCACGCUGCCCACACCCAGCUCGGCGUCUUUCUCCUUCUCCGCAGGUGGAUGUAUGCCCAUCCGUACGACUUUGAAGACCGUGGCGUCCGCAGGGCUGUGUGCGCCUUUCUCCAUGCGCUCGGUGCUGUGGACGACGACGAUGAUGAUGACGGCAAUGACGGCGAGCCCAACACCAGAAGCGACUCGGACAACGACGAGAGCGUGCAAAACAAGUGGCACUGGCACCUUGCACUCGCGCAAUGGCUGCUCGACACCAUGGAGCUGCUGCUGUUUGAGCGCAACGCUUCGCAAUUCGAGUUUGCACGCGCGGCCAUCGCGGCACCGCCCACUAUGAUGCCUGACGUACUGCAAGUGACGGCCGUAACUCAAGUUGAGCCGAAGGAGCUCGCGCGGCAGUUGACGCUGAUGGAGCACUCACUCUUGCGGGCGAUCCAGGCCAAAGAGUUUAUGAAGCAGGCGUGGGCAAAGAAGGGCAAGGAGCGCAACGCGCCGCAUCUCCUCGCCCUCAUCGAGUUCUUCAACCACGUCUCGGGCAUGAUCGCCACGCAAGUCCUCGCCUCGCCCUCGGUUGAGCGGCGGGCCUUCCUCAUCAAGUACUACGUCGCCGUCGCCCGCCACCUCCUCGCCCUCGACAACUUUAACGGCAUCAUGGAGGUGCUCUCAGCGCUGCACUCGGCAGCCAUCUCACGGCUGAAGCUGACAUGGGCAGCGGUCGAGCCCAAGGUGGUCGAAGAGUUUGAGUCUAUUUCCGCCAUCAUGUCCACCUCGUCCAACUUUGGCGCUUACCGCAGCAAGCUCAAGGCCGCCACGCCGCCGAGCGUCCCGUACAUCGGUCUCUUCCUCACCGACCUCACCUUUGCCGACGAUGGCAACACCGACCACGUAGGCGAGGACAUGAUCAACAUGGAAAAGGCGCGCAUGGUCACCCGCAUUGUCUCGGAGCUCCAGGGCUACUACGCCGGGUACUACGCACUCGCACCGCUCCUCUCUGUUCAGCGCUUCAUUUUCAACGCGCCCGUCCAGGACGAGAAAUCGUUGUACACCACCUCGCUCCGUGUCGAGCCGCGCUCCAUUGGCGGCGCUGCCGGCGCGAGCAAGAAGCGCAAAUCGUCCAUCUUCCGCCGCUCGCGGGCCGGUCCCUGA